GUGCACAGUCUGUCAACUGAAAUGCAAAUAGCCCUGCUGCAUGUAUCUGUCUCGAUACGUUAUCUUCAUGUGGGGGUGGGUAGCGUGACCUACGGCUAUCUAACUCCACUAAAAUCCGUUUAUGUGUAACGUUCACCACGUUUGCCGUCCCUGAAUGAUUAGUCAACAUUCAUCUCCGCCGCACCGUGAACACAUGAGAACGACACACGUAUCGUUCACCAGUGCGCUCAUUUGGCUGCUCUUAGCGCCAAAGACCGUUUGUUUUGGCAUCCCAGGGAAGUGGGUUUUACAACCGCUGUUUUAAGCCCUUUUAGACAGUCAUGUGAUUGUAACGUAACCCGACCGGAAAACACCGACGACCAUCGCCGCCAAUGCUGCGUUUGAGAGGAACAGAGCAGCUGCGAGCCCAACGGACAAGUCCCCCGGUAACAGACAACGACUCACCGAACUCCACACGCUCUAGCGGAGGAAAGGUGGAAGUAUGGAGCUGGCCAAUCAUGGUCUUAUCCUUCUGCAGCAGCUCAACGCGCAGAGGGAGUUUGGCUUCCUGUGUGACUGCACGGUCGCCAUCGGAGAUGUUUUUUUCAAAGCACACAAGGCCGUACUGGCCGCAUUCUCGAACUACUUCAGAAUGCUGUUUAUACACCAGGACAGUGACUGCGUUCGCUUGAAGCCUGCUGACAUUCAGCCCGACAUCUUCAGCUACCUCCUCAAUCUGAUGUACACCGGCAAACUGGCGACACAGCUUAUCGACCCAGCUCGCCUGGAGCAGGGCGUCAAAUUCCUCCAUGCGUACCCUCUUAUUCAGGAAGCAAGUCUGGCUAGCCAUGCAACUCAGACACACCCUGAGGUCAGCCUUCCCCUGUCGUCCUCUCUUUAUGGCAUUCAGAUAUCAGACCAACAGGCCACACUCACAAACCGCCUCUCAGCGAGAACGCAUCUCUCCUCACCGUUCGACUUAGAAGGUGGCGGUUUGCUCGAUGGGAAGUGCGUUACCACAAACAAAGCUACCUCACUGAUGCGUCCUGGAUCCAAGCACAGGCACGGUCUGUCAGAAACGGAGGUAGAAGCAUCUGCGAGCACCAGUCAGUUUGUGAGGGAAGGCACAGAGAUGGAAACAUCUGCAGAGGCCCCGUCUUGUUCCCUAAACACCAACACCAUUCUACAUGUGAAGCCCAGCAUCAUGAGAAGAAAUGCCUCUCUGAGGAAGCAUUAUACGUGCCACGUCUGUGGGGGCCGCUUCACUCAGCGAGGAGCCUUACGAGAGCACCUGCUUCUACACACUCAGGCUAUGCUCCCCCUUGUGUUAGAGUCCGUCGGUGCGGCUUCCCCCAUGGCGACUGGAGGUGCUGCUACACCAGAGGUAGAGGAAGUUCUCCGAGGCAGCGAAGCCGCUGCAGCCACUCCCAUCAUUGUGGACAUUGCCAGUGACAGCGAGCAGCAUCUGUACUCAAAAGACUCGCCGCAUCCUGAAACCGCCAUGCCCGUACCGACGACAACUGCAGUCAGCCUGUACACUGCGCAGCCCCAGGCGGACACGCCUCCUCCGUCCGAUAUUGCUGAUAUUGACAACCUAGAGGGUGCGGCUGACAUGGAACGGGAAGUGAAGCGGAGGAAAUAUGAGUGCUCCACUUGUGGCCGCAAGUUCAUCCAGAAAAGCCACUGGAGAGAGCACAUGUACAUCCACACAGGCAAGCCGUACCGCUGCAGCGCCUGCGGCAAGAGCUUCUGCCGGGCCAACCAGGCGGCACGGCACGUUUGCAUGAAUCUCAGCUCAGAACCAGCGUACACCAUGGUGGACCGACAGAGCAUGGAGCUGUGCGCAGCAGAUGACUCCAGCCAAAUGGAGGCGCUGUUUCUAGGCUCGUCAGGGAGACCGUACAAAUGCAAUGUGUGUGAAAUGACCUUCUCCAGCCCCAAUGAGGUAAUCAAGCACCUGUGCUUCAACCAGGGGGCGCUCUCGGGUGGAGUGGCUGGAGAAAUGGGCGUCAGUGGGCUGAACAGUGACAACAUGGCCAAAGACGAAGGCUCAGAUUCAUCCAAUGGUGGGCCAUUGAUAACACCCAUUAAAACAGAGGAAGUCUUUGUGGAAUAGCUCCAUAUUCAUCCACUUCAAAAUAUUGUUUUUUAAUGUAUUGCAUUUGAAUUGUGGGUAAAUUAUGAUCAGAAGUUAAGCUACAGAUCAAAAUUUCUGUUAUAUAUAUAUAUAUAUAUUGUUUUUUUUUUUUCUGGGGAUUUUACUUCUACUGAAAAGUACUUCUGCUUUCUGCGUUAUUCUUUUUUAACACUUUGUUAUUAUAUUUAUAACAGAUUUACAGUCUGUUUAGUCCAACAAGUCAAAUUCCUGCUUCAUUCUAUAUUUCUUUCAAAGUUUUUGUUGGUUAUUCGGGUCAUUUGCAGUUUGUGUUGUGGUUAAAGCUCUUCCUCUGUCUAACUGUACAGGAAAAGGAUGUAGUGAACUGCUGGCCUGCGUUCGUCUCAGUGCAGAUCAGUCUUGACUUCACAUUAGGUUGAAUUGGUAACUCAAUAGAAUAUUAAAAAAAUUGAAUCCACAAAAUCUUUAGUUCAUGAGCAUAGCACCAAAAUUUCUUUUGUAUGGCCCCUCCAUGAAAAAUGAAAUAAUGUCAUUUCUGAGCAGCUAAAUGUGAUAUUGGUUUAAGAAAUGUAUUCACUACCUCAACCGGUUUCGGACAUGCAAUAUCAGACUAACCCGAAAUUUGCAUCAAAGGGUCGAGGAUCAAAGUCAACUUUAUCUUCCAGUGCCUCUGAGGAGUUACACAGAUCUCAAAGUUUUUCUUUCUGACACUGUUUCUAAUUUCUUAUUACAUGCUUUGGGUUAGCAAGUGUAAGGUGUAAUUGUAGAUAACUUUUAUGCAGUGCCAGAUUACUUAAUGUGACCCACAAUAUAUUUGCCUACUUGUCCACUUUUGUAAUUUCACAUUUGUUCACCUCUGUUAUUGUGCCAGUACCACCUAAAUGAUAAACAUCCAUGCCGUCCGUAAAAUUGGUUGGCGGCAGCAGCUCAUCAGCAAUCUGGUUGUGUUGCUCUCACUGUGGUUCAACAUGUUUACAGUUGUGCUGUGUGUUUAAUCAAAGUCGUUACUGUGUGUGAAUUUAGAAAACACUGUGGCCAAUCGUACACAUGUACAUAAGGUAGCUUGAAGGGAGAUAUUUCUGUCACUGUUCGCAGAUUUAAUUUUGCCAUGAAAUGAUUUGCUUGAGUAUGUUCUUAAAUUCCUUAUUUUUGAGCCUUAUAUAACUUUUCUAAUUUUAUGUACAGUGCUUUAUUUACAAAGAAUUUUAUAAUCUCAAAGGUUGUAUAUUGAUCAAUGCAUUUACCGUAGAAUAUUAUCCAUUUUAGUGUAGCACAAGUGUCUGUAUAUUUGUCAUCUCUGCAUCGGCUGUCUUUAUGUUCUAAUGAAACUGACAGUGAGGUCAUGCUGUUAAAGCACUGAUAUCUACUAAAGAUCCCUGACUACUCUCAUUAUACUUGUGCUACAUCAGGAAACUUCUUUUUUUUAACCAUUUUAAACCAGGGCAAGUUACAAUCAGUGCAUAAUAUUUCUUCCAUCUUUCUCUUUGUAAAGACCUUCUAGAAAUAUAUUUUAAGACCACUGUGAGUUAAAUUACUACUGAAUAGCUUAUUAGAGCCCAGGAUGGACCAUUUGCUUCAUUUUGUUACAACUAGGGUUUUUUUUUCCCUUUUCUUUUUAAAUUGUGAUGUUAAAGGACAGGAGACCUUGUCCAAAUUAUAUGUAAUCAUACAUGCCUUUUUUCUGUAGUAUUGUUACAACUCUUUAUUAUUUGUACAUAUGCAAGUUGUUACCCAUUGAGGCAGUUAUAGGGAGGGGAGGAGAGGGGUAAAGGUGCCCCCUUCAAAUGCACAAACCCCAAAGCCAAGGCAAGCAUACUGUGAUCUCUCGCUCCUCAGGAACAUGAACAGUUGUCUCUGGAAAAAAUACUUCCUUUGCAUUUUCAUUGUGAAUAAUGAUAAUAAAUCCUUAUGUUUUUGAA